AUGACGCAAGACCUUUCCGCGCUUCCGAUCCUCGACCUGAGUCUCCUGGACUCGACACCAGAGGAUGCGGCCCGCUUCCGGGCGCAAUUAGCUCAGGCGACACACGAGAUCGGCUUCUUCUACCUCGUCAACACCUCCCUGCCCUCUUCCCUCGAGAAGAGAAUGCACGACGCCGCGCGCGCCUUCUUCGCGCUGCCCCUCGAGGACAAACUGGCAAUUGCGAACACGAACUCGGCCCAGUUCCGGGGCUACACCGCCCUCGGCCUGGAGCGGACAAGGGGUCAGGUCGACCUGCGAGAACAGAUCGAUAUCUGUCCCGAGGGCGUCGCGUUCAGCGAGGAAGAGCUGGCGGGACGGGAGAAGUUCUGGCGCCUCGUGGGCCCAAAUCAGUGGCCUGCCGCUCUCCCCGAGCUCCGGGCCGUCAGUGAGGAGUGGCAAGCCCACUGUGAGCGGAUCAGCCGCAAACUGCUGCGCGCAUGGGCGCUCGCACUGGGCGAGAGCGAGGACUACUUUGAGCGCUCGUUCGGGGACCCGUUCACGCUGCUCAAGAUUGUGCGCUACCCUCCAACAUCUACAUCCGCGUCACAGGGCGUGCAGGGCGUGGGCAAACACAAGGACGCGGGCGUCCUCACCCUGCUCUGGAUCGAUGGCUCGGGCGGGCUCCAGGUCGAGAAGGGGGGUAAAUGGGUCGACGUCCCGCCCGUCCGGAACGGGUUUGUCGUCAACAUCGGCGAGAUGCUCGAGUACGCGACGCAGGGAUACCUGAAGGCGACGUCGCACCGCGUCACGCUCAACGAGAGCACGGGGGACAGGAUCAGCGUGCCGUACUUUUUCAAUCCGGCGCUGGACGCCAGGUUGCCGUUGAUUCAGAUUCCAAAGGAACUGGGAGGAGAGUACAAAGUCAGUGAGGAUCCGGAGAAUCCCAUCUUCUCGCUUUAUGGCGAGAACUGUCUGAAAUCCAGGCUGAGGAGUCACCCCGACGUCGCUGAGCGGCACCACCGGGACCUUGUUGGGUUGCCACCUCUUACGACGUGA